GCGGCGGCGGCGGCAGCGAAACCAUCGCGUCGCUGCCGGGAAAGAUGAGCCUUUCUCCGAAGGAGCUGACGAGCCUGCUGAGCAUCGUGUCUGAGGAGGCUGGAGGCGGCACCUUUGAGGGCCUCUCCACCGCCUUCCAUCACUACUUUGGGAAGGCCGAGCAUUUCCGCGUAGGCUCCGUCCUGGUGCUGCUGCUGCAGCAGCCGGAUCUCCUGCCCACGCCGCCGCAGCGUCUGACCGCCCUCUACCUGCUCUGGGAGAUGUAUCGCACCGAGCCGCUCGCCGCCAACCCCUUCGCCGCCAUCUUCGCCCACCUCCUCAACCCGGCGCCCCCCGAGCGCGCCCCCGCAGGCUCGGGGCCCGGCCCGGCUGGGGGCGGCGGCGGCGACGACAACGAAAGGCCGCCGCUCUCAGGUUUUUUGCCUCCAAUUACCCCACCAGAAAGGUUCUUUCUUUCCCAGCUGAUGUUGGCCCCUCCUAGAGAACUCUUCAAAAAGACUCCAAGACAGAUUGUAUCAAUGGAUGUAGGAAACAUGGGCCAAUCUGUAGAUAUAAGCGGUCUUCAGUUGGCAUUAGCAGAACGUCAGUCUGAGCUGCCAACACAAAGUAAAGCUAGCUUCCCUAGCAUUCUCAGUGAUCCUGAUCCAGAUUCUUCAAAUUCUGGUUUUGACAGCUCUGUUGCAUCCCAGAUCACUGAAGCCCUAGUGAGUGGACCAAAGCCACCUAUUGAAAGUCAUUUUCGACCAGAAUUUAUCCGCCCCCCACCUCCACUUCAUAUUUGUGAGGAUGAGCUAGCUUGGUUAAAUCCAAUAGAACCAGAUCAUACAAUUCAGUGGGAUAAGUCAAUGUGUGUUAAAAAUAGUGCUGGAGUGGAAAUCAAACGAAUCAUGGCCAAAGCAUUCAAAAGUCCUUUGUCAUCACAGCAACAAACACAGCUCCUUGGAGAAUUGGAGAAAGAUCCUAAGCUUGUUUAUCAUAUUGGCCUUACUCCUGCCAAGUUGCCUGAUUUGGUGGAAAACAACCCUUUAGUAGCUAUAGAAAUGCUGCUUAAAUUAAUGCAGUCAAGUCAGAUAACUGAGUACUUUUCAGUAUUAGUUAACAUGGACAUGUCUCUACAUUCAAUGGAAGUUGUAAAUCGGCUUACUACAGCAGUUGAUCUUCCUCCAGAAUUUAUUCAUCUUUAUAUAUCCAAUUGUAUUUCUACUUGCGAACAAAUUAAGGACAAGUAUAUGCAGAACCGGCUGGUACGUCUUGUUUGCGUAUUCCUGCAAUCCUUGAUUCGAAACAAAAUCAUUAACGUACAGGACUUAUUUAUAGAGGUACAAGCCUUUUGUAUUGAAUUCAGCCGGAUAAGAGAAGCAGCUGGACUUUUUCGACUGCUGAAGACACUUGACACUGGAGAAAAUCCUUCAGAAACAAAGACUUCCAAAUAAGACUGAUUUGGAAGAAUUUUCUUUUUUUACUUGAUUAGUGUGGAAAAAGAUUUCUGUAUAGUUUAUUUCAUUGCUUGCAAUUAAAAUGUUUGUGCUUUAUUAA